AUGGACUUCAGUGGAACGUGGCAGGUCUACGCUCAGGAGAACUACGAGGAGUUCCUCAGGGCCCUGGAGCUCCCAGAAGAUGUCAUCAAAGUGGCCAAGGACAUCAAGCCAAUCACUGAGAUCAAGCAGAGUGGCAAUGACUUUGUCAUCACCUCCAAGACUCCCGGAAAGUCUGUGACCAACUCGUUUACCAUCGGCAAGGAGGCUGAUAUCACCACCAUGGACGGCAAGAAGAUCAAGUGCAUUGUCAAUAUUGAGGGCAGCAAACUGGUCUGCAAAACUGACAGGCUCCGCCAUGUCCAAGAGCUCAAAGGAGGAGAGAUGGUUGAGACUUUGACCAUUGGGUCGACAACUCUCACCAGAAAGAGCAAACGGAUAUAA